GCCGCGGCCGCCAUGGAGGAGGAGCCGCCGCCGCCGCCGCCGCCGUGCCCAGCGCGGGGCCAGCGGCAGCCGGCGGCCCGGAGGCUCCCGCCGCCGCCUCGCCAUGGGCCGCCUCUCCGCCGCCGCUGCCAUGGCGGCCGCGUUGCUCAGCCCCAGCCUCGCCUUCAGCUCCCACUUCGACCCCGACGGCACCCCCCUUAGUGAGCUCUCCUGGUCCUCCUCGCUGGCCGUCGUGGCUGUUUCCUUCUCGGGGCUCUUCACCUUCAUCUUCCUCAUGUUGGCCUGCCUGUGCUGCAAGAAGGGGGACAUCGGCUUCAAGGAGUUUGAGAACGCCGAGGGGGAGGACUGCGUGACGGAGCUCUCGGCCCAGGGCUCGCCUGCCCCCCAGCAUGGCCCCGAGGUCUACGUCCUGCCCCUCACCAAGGUCUCCCUGCCCAUGGCCAAGCAGCCGGGGCGCUCAGUGCAGCUCCUCAAGUCGGCGGACCUGGGGCGGCAGAGCCUGCUCUACCUGAAGGAGAUCGGGCACGGCUGGUUCGGCAAGGUGUUCCUGGGCGAGGUGAACUCGGGCAUCAGCAGCACUCAGGUGGUGGUGAAGGAGCUGAAGGCAAGCGCCAGUGUGCAGGACCAGAUGCAGUUCCUGGAGGAAGCACAGCCCUACAGGGCCCUCCAGCACACCAACCUGCUGCAGUGCCUGGCCCAGUGCGCCGAGGUCACCCCAUACCUGCUGGUGAUGGAGUUCUGCCCACUGGGUGACUUAAAGGGGUACCUGCGGAGCUGCCGGGGGGCUGAAGCCAUGACCCCGGACCUGCUGACGCUGCAGAGGAUGGCGUGUGAGGUGGCCUGUGGUGUCCUGCACCUGCACAGGAACAACUACAUCCACAGCGACCUGGCUCUGCGGAACUGCCUGCUCACCGCAGACCUGACCGUCAAGAUAGGAGACUACGGGCUCUCGCACUGCAAGUACAAAGAUGACUACUUCGUGACGGCCGACCAGCUGUGGGUGCCACUGCGCUGGAUCGCACCCGAGCUCAUCGACGAGGUGCACGGCAACCUGCUCAUCGUGGACCAGACCAAGGCCAGCAACGUCUGGUCGCUGGGUGUCACCAUCUGGGAGCUGUUCGAGCUGGGCAGCCAGCCCUACGACCACUACUCUGACCGGCAAGUACUCGCCUACGCCAUCAAGGAGCAGCAGCUCAAGCUGCCCAAGCCCCAGCUGAAGCUCUCCCUGUCGGAGCGCUGGUACGAGGUGAUGCAGUUCUGCUGGCUGCAGCCGGAGCAGCGCCCCACGGCAGAGGAGGUCCAUCUGCUGCUCUCCUACCUCUGCGCCAAAGGGGCAACGGAAGCGGAGGAGGAGUUCGAGAAGCGCUGGAACUCCAUGAAGCCCAACGGCAGCUCCAGCGCCAGCCACCACGGCCCCGAGCUCUCCUCCUUCCCGCUGCUGGAGCAGUUCUCGGCCGACGGCUUCCCCUCGGAUGGGGACGACAUCCUCACCGUCAUGGAGACCAGCCACGGCCUCAACUUCGAGUACAAGUGGGAGCACACCAAGACCGAGCACUUCCAGGCACCCUUGGGGUCGCUGAGCCCCAGCAGCGCCGCUCGCUACCACGACCUCUAUUACCCGGCCACGACAACGGCGCGCCUGAGCCUGGGGGUCUCCCCCUCGUGCUACGAGUGCAAACCCCCCGGCUGCCCCGGGCUGCCGGCGCCCGGCGUGGUGCCCAUCCUGGGCGCGCACAGCCCCUCGCUGGGCAGUGAGUACUACAUCCGCAUCGAGGGCCCCGGGGACGGCGGCGCCGAGCUGGACUACGCCAUGUGCACCUACAGCCCCGCGGGCGAGCGGGGGCCCCUGCGGCCCCCGUCCUGCUGGCGAGCGCAGGGCGCCCGCAGCGGCAGCACCGACGGCUCCGACAGCAGCCCCACGGUCUCCCUCAGCAUGGAGCCACUGCUGGGACACGCGCCCUCGGGAGACGGCUCCUGGGAGUGCGCCGAGUUCUACCCGUGCCCCGGGCAGGAGCCGUCCCCCGGGGCCGAGGGGUACGUGCUGGAGGAGGAGCCCCCCCGGGCGGGCGGGCAGGGCUGGCCCGGGCCCGGCUUCCAGCCCCGUGUCUUCACCGACCCCUUGGGGGUCUCGCCGUCGGUGACCUGCGCCUACAGCCCCCGUGGGCACGGGGAGCUGCGGGCGGACCCGUCGGGGCAGAGCGGGGCGCGUCCGGACUGCGUGGCGGUGGAGCUGGGCGAGGACAGCCCCCCGAGCCCCCCGCAGGCGCCGGGCACCGGCCCCAUAUCCCCGCGGCAGCCCUGGGCCUCCAACAGCUCCUCCAACAACAACAUCGGCAGCGGGAGCCCCGAGGCGGCGGCCGGGGACAGUUGGUGCUACCGCCGCAUGAUCACCUUCCGCGGGCUCAUGGCCAAGCCGCUGGGCACGGUGCCCCGCGGCGCGCUCGGGGGGUCUCCGCCGGGACACGACUUCCGCCGCCCGUGGCAGGAUCAGCCCCCCGGUACCGCCGGCGGCUCCUCCCCGUGCCGCUCGCCCUCCCCGCGGCGUCAGGCCUGGCACAGCCGUGACUCAUCAGCCUCGGCCCGCCUGCAAGCAGCAGCUCUGGCUGGCAGCCCCGCCGCACCGUGGGGCCCCGCCACGGCCCCCGCAGGGGCCCAGCGCGAUGCCCCCCCGGAGGAGAGCGCGGACGGGAGCAGCCCUGCCCGCAGCCCCCUGCCCCGCACCGCGCCUGCACCGGGGCUGGAGGAGGCCGCCGCCAUGGCUGGCACCGGCACCCUGAACCCUGGCCCCCCCGCGGAGCCUGCCAUAGACGGCUCCCAGCCCGUGCCCAAGGCUUCCGAGGUGCCUGCGCUGGUGCCCGUGGAGGCUGCUGCCAAGAGCGCCGGGUGGGCCGCGAGCAGCGCGGACCGGACACCGGACAAGACCUGCUCGAGCGCCAGCUUCCCCAGCACAGACGAGGGCAGUGACGAGGACACAGCCGAGCUGACCUCGGGCGUCUUCACUGACUUCUCCGGGGACUUCCCCGAGCGGGCAGAGGCGGCCCCGUCCUUCAAGUCCCUGCAGAAGCAGGUGGGGACGCCGGAUUCCCUGGAGUCACUGGACAUCCCAUCCACGGGCAGCUCCUGCGAGGUGUGCAGCCCCACCGCCGCCUUCGCGCCCGCCGGACAGGCCAAGGCCCUCGACAGUGGCUACGACACCGAGAACAACGAAUCCCCCGAGUUCGUCCUCAAGGAGCCCCACGAGCCGCGAGAGCCAGAGCCCUUCAGCCAGCUGGGGAAGGCAGCACCAGGGCUGCCGGGGGGUGAGGGCGAGGGUCCGGCCCCUGAAACGCGGCUCCCCACAGCCCUCGGGGCCGAGCUGCAGAGCCUGGCUGAGAAGAACCCAUACCGCGACUCCGCGUACUUCUCCGACUACGAUGCCGAGGCCGAGCGUGGCCCCAAGGAUGAGGACAGCGAUGGGUCCCGGACCCCAGAGACAGAGGAGGGUCCCCACUCCCCUCUUAAGGACAUAGGGAGAGCCCCCAUGCCGGGAGAGGACCCACUGCAUCCCCCAGGGGCUCCCGGCAGCCCCCCAGCUGCGCCUGGUGCUGCCAUGGCAGUGGACAUGCCGGUGCCUGGGAGUUUGGUGGGGGACUGGCAUAGGGCAGAGGUUGGGAGCACCCCGGUCAGCCCCACGGGGCAGGCACCUGGCACUGAGCAGCGUCCCGCUGGCACGGGGCUGGUGCCGGGCAGCUCCCUGCACCCCUGUGGCUCUGUGCCUCACAAGACUUUCCUCUUGACCCCGGUGCCAGCGAGCCCCGGGGAGCCAGUGUCCAUCGGAGGGACCCGUGUGCCCGAGGGCAUCCCUGGACCCGGGGGAGCCACAGCUGGGGAUGAACAGACUGUGCCUCCCGCCCCGGGGCUUGGGCAUCUGGGGCUGCCCCCCGAGGGGACAGGGGCAGACGAUGCUCCGGGGGGCCCCAGCACACUGCGACCGGGGGAUGAGUCACCCCCAGGCCUGUCCCCACUGAACCCCCCCCGGGAGCUGCAUCCGGCAGCCCCUGAGCGCCGCGAGGAGCCGGAGGAGGAUGAGGAGGACACAGAGGACAGCGAUGAGUCCGAUGAAGAGCUGCGCUGCUACAACAUCCAAGAGCAGAGCGAGGAGAGCGAGGAGGAGCCGGCGGCUGUGCCCAUCGUGGUGGCCGAGAGCCAGAGCGGCAGGAACCUGCGCAGCCUCCUCAAGAUGCCCAGCCUGCUCUCCGAGGCCUUCUGCGACGACCUGGAGCGCAAGAAGAAGGCCGUCUCCUUCUACGAUGACGUUACCAUCUACCUCUUCGACCAGGAAAGCCCCACGAGGGAGCUGGCUGAGCAGAGCUUCCCAGAGCCCCCCCAGCCUUCGGGGCAGCCCCCCGACAGCAGCAGCCCCCCCAGCCCUGCAGACCGGCUCGGAGCCUCGGAUGACUCCUCGGAUGGCAAUGCCUCAGAAGAGAGCGGUGGCUUUGAGUGGGACGAUGACUUCCCGCUCAUGCCGGUGAAGCCGUCGCUGGUGGCCUCUCUGACGGGGCCACCAGCGGAGCCCAACCCGGCUGUGGCCACGCUGGUGCCGGUGCAGAAGCAGGUCCUGCCCAUCCAGUUCUCCCGGUUCACGGUCUCACCUGCUCCGGUGUCCCGGUUUUCCAUCACCCACGUCUCCGACUCGGACAUGGACUCCAUAGGAGGCAGCAGUGAAGAUGGUGACCGGGAGUGAGUCAGCCGGGAUGCCAGCACUGGCACCGGCACCGGCACCGGCACUGGCACCGGCACUGGCAGGGGGUGGCAGAGCACGGCGGGGCCGGGAGCGGGGCCACGCUCCAGACUUUUUUAGGCAGAUUGUCUCGGAAGGAGCUCGUUUGGUGCUGCGAGCGGGGCCGGCCCGGGGCCAGGCGCUUCCAGCAGGAAAUAAUGGAAGUAAGCGGAGCUGAGCGAAACCUUGAGAUCAGGGCUGGCUCCUUUGGGGUCUAUAGACCAAACCCUGAGGUGAGAAAUGCCUCCCCCCCCUCCCAGUCCCGUGUCCCGCAGGCCCCGCUGGCUUCUGGCACCCCAUGGACGUGGGGCGAGGGAACACGUGCUCAUGCACAGACGCACACGCGUGUGCACAGACAGACACGUGCACAGAUGCACACACGUGCACCCACACAUGCCAGGGCUGGCGCUGGGGUUCUCUCCAUGCCAGGGCUGGCUCUGCCUUGGCACAGCUCCGGCACUGAGCCGCCACUGGGUGCCCAGCCUGGUGCUGGGCACAGGCGUUACCCCCAUGCCCCCCCUCACCAAGCCCAGCCUGGAGCUGUGUCCCCAUCAUGAAGCUGCUGUCCCCAGGGGACAGACAGAGUCUGGGGGGACCCAGGAUUCACCCCCACACCAAGGGUGGCUGUGCCCCCCGGUGCUGAUUGCUUCUCCCCCAGCAGCCGGUCACUGAUGGCAAUUCCUGCUUUAUUUGUUCUAUUUAAGCUCCAACCUGACCCGUAAACACCUCCCCCGUCCCUCCCCCCCCCACCCCAAACCCCCCUCCCAGUUCUCGCAAGCCCUUCCCUUAUGCUUUGCAGCAGGGGGCUGAUAUCUCCACAGUGGCUGGUGUCACCCAGCAGCAGUGGUACACCGAAGGAUAUCCCUUUCCUGCAGCACCAGUCCUGCUGCUCCCCAGCCCUGUGCCCUCCUCUACACCCUGCCUGCAUCCUGCAUUGCACAGUCUGACUAAGCGUUGCAGGGGGGUUUGUCCAUCCCAGGGUGAUGGGAUGCUGCUCCUGGCUCCCCCCCCUCCCACCCCAGUCCCCGGGUUUGGUCUAUGGUGCCGCAGGUCCCUGCCUCUGGAGGGCAGCAUGAGGAC